AUGGGUGCAUCUAUGUCUUUGCGUCGUGACGACAAACAGCGUGAAAUCAAGAAAGCUGAAAAACAUCUCAAGAGACAGUACGAUGGUCAAUGGCACUGGUCCGUUGAGGGGAAGACUCAUCGGCCCUCUGUCAGCGCACGCGAAUUGGAGGGUCGCAUGCUAGAGUUGCAAGACUCCAAAAAAGUGUACCGAAAGCGACGCUACCUCAACCCCUGGAGAGGCAAUGAACACGAGAAAUAUCCCGAUGUGGACGCCUAUUACAGUACGAACAAAGAGUAUCCCCGUCGACUGGUGGUACAGGCGGCCUCGAGUGCCCUGGAGGACACGGCCUCUCGUCACUGGAGCCGCCGGAAGAUCAAGGGACAUGUACCGGUUAUCAUUUCACUUGCAGAACUCUGCUUGAACCCACUAGGACUCGAGCAGUAUGAGAGUGGCUAUGAUGAUGAAGACGAAGUAGACAGACACGGAAGACAACGCAAACAGGAUUCGAUGACGGUGCUUCAACGCAUUGUGCAUGUGAUAGCAGCAGCUUUGUGCACCUUGGGACUAGCUUGGGUUAUUCAGCUGCUGCUCUCUAUUCAAGUUGUCACUGCUCCAUGGAGUGACGAUGGUACCGCAGAGCCAUACGAUGAGUAUGAGAAUGUGCAAUGGUAUUGGCCCAAGCACGCUGUGAAUGUACUGGACCAGUCACCUGAAAAUAAGAAACCCCAAUCGCAGCUCACCAAGCUCACCAUCCCUCGUCGCUUAGUGGUGAGAGACCCUCAAACCAACCAGUGGGUCGUCAAAGAGACCAGUGAGCUCCGGGAUUCGAAGACCGGCAUGCUGCAGUCCUACAUUUUCCUCAGUUUCUCUCGAGCGAACUACAUCGGCAAAGAAGACCACGAAUUACGACCGUUUUUCUAUCGCAUCGCAGAGGCUAUGCUUAAGCACGAGAACAGAGAGAAACGCCCGGAUGAACCACCUGUAGAGGCGUUUUGGGUUGAUCUGGAUUGCGUCUCGCCCGACGAUGUGAACGACAAGACCGCAGAGGCCAAGGCCGAAUCACAGCGUACGAAAGAUGUUCAUUCAAUCUGUGAUGCAGUUCGUUGUGCAAAGCGAGUCUAUGUCGUUCUACCUAGCCAUGACCGAGAACAGAAGAGAAUAUGGGGAUCGCGAAUCUGGACACUGCCAGAAGUCCUUCUUGCAGCUGGCAAAAUUCGAUAUUGCUUCUCGAAACCGGAUACCAUUGAGAACGACAGCAACGAUCUGCCACACUUCGAUGUCACCUUGACGGAUAUGUACGACAGCUUCUGGCCUGGACCCACGUCUCGUUUCCGAUUGAGUCAUGAAGAAGAAAAUCUUGAAUCGCAUGAAGAUGUCAUCGGCCAUCUCGUCAACCAUUACACGAAUACCACCAAGCUCAGCGAAUUGCAAUUAUUCACCUGUGCUGUUCAAGCCAUGGCCCAAUUAUCUACAGGCAAAGACAGACAGGGCUACACAACAGCAGACAUGGCUUACGCCGCUAUGGGUCUGUUGGCCUAUCGUAUCAGCCCCAAUCCUACAGACAGUCCAUUCCAAGCUAUUGCAAGGCUAUCCCUUGUGAAUGACAGUGAUGACCUCCUUGAGCGUCUAGUCUGCCUGUGGCCACCGCACCCCCCUCAGAAGCAGCUCAAGGGCCAAGAGGAAGGCAAUAACGAGUUGGCCAGCAGUGAGAUGAUCCUGAGAAACAUUGCCGAUCGCGACCAAUACUCUGUUCACCUCUGGGACAUACAACCCACCUGCAGUGUGGUCGGCAUUGGCGACGACCAAGACUCGCCCACGGUUAUUCUGGAUCGGUGUCGUGGUAUACCCAUCCGGUGGAAGAAUUUCCCCAGAGUCAAAUAUGUCAAGGAUCUGAAUGGCUUCCGUGCGACAAUCUCGCAGAAAGCUGUGUAUGCUGGUGCCUGGUUCCUGCUGACUGGCUUUGGCCUGUUCUCCUCGGCCAUAUCUCUCGAGUUAUCCAUUGUCAAUACCCAGUCUUCCAUCGACAUCGAUAUGUACUUGGUUGGUGUUGCGUUGUUCGUCGGGUGCGCUUGGAUAAUCUCCUGGUUCAGUCCAUGGGCAGUACGACAGCUUUGCAACAGCGGUGCCGCCGGUGUAUCCUGUCACCUGAUAGGAUUUGAGGGCACCAUGUCUCUGAGAGAAAUCGAAAAGAUCAUCUAUGGAAACUUCAAUCACCGCCUGACCUAUGCGCCAUCGUCGACCAUCUUCUCCAAGAACUUGCGCAACAAAAAGACCCGAGAGGGAAUGGAACCUCAAGACCCUGGAUGGUGGCAGCAGGAAGCCAAGAAUCUGAACGUUCCCGAAAACCAUCGUCUUUUCACCAUCGUGGAUACGGGCAACAUGACCGUCUCUGUUAUUGCUGCCGAGCGACCGCCCGUCGUGGCGCUCAUCUGUGGUCGUGAAGGUGGUAUGGUUCGUGCUCUGCUCUGCAGCUGGCGGUUCGAGCAGAAUUGUCUCUACCGGGAAUGCGUUAUGCGAAUGCGUAGCUCUGUGGAGUAUUUGGCAACUCCCAAUGACUGGUUGAAGGUGAGCCUCGCCAGCCAGGGCGAUGUGAGCCGUACCAGAGUGAAUCACCUUCGACAGGAGUUGGACAAACAAGUGAAUCCCGGUCCUCCUACUCCGCCUCCGAAGGACCUACCUGCGAAGGUGUCUGUGGCGGGCCUCGAGCCUCAUAUUUACACUCAAGCUUUGAAUUCGACGCACACACCGAUUCAUGUUAACGGGAAGAACGCGUCUUUGUGA